GUCGCUCCGCGCGCGCCCGUCUCUCACUGUUGCACCUGCACGCGGACAUGAACACACGUCAUCUCACUCUCACUCUUCCUCUGCUGAAGUCUGAUGGAGUGUGACGGGGCUGCGGGCGUCGCGCGCGUCAAGCGUCAGGCCGUGAAGCGGCACCAUCACAAACACAACCUGAAGCACCGCUACGAGUUCCAGCAGACGCUCGGGACGGGCACGUACGGGCGCGUGAAGAAAGCGGUGGACCGCUCCGGCAACACGGUGGCCAUCAAGUCGAUCCGUAAGGAGAAGAUCCGGGACGAGCAGGACCUGAUCCACAUCCGGCGUGAGAUCGAGAUCAUGUCGUCUCUGUCUCAUCCUCACAUCAUCAGCAUCCACGAAGUGUUCGAGAACAAGGACAAGAUCGUGAUCGUGAUGGAGUACGCCAGUCAGGGAGAUCUGUACGACUACAUCUGUGACAAACAGCACCUCUCUGAGAGUCAGGCUCGUCUCUUCUUCAGACAGAUCGUCUCUGCGGUUCACUACUGCCACCGGAACGGUAUUGUUCACCGCGACCUGAAGUUGGAGAACAUCUUGCUGGACGACAAGGGCAAUAUAAAGAUCGCGGACUUCGGCUUGUCGAACCUCUACCAGGACGACAGGUUCCUGCAGACGUACUGUGGCAGUCCUCUGUACGCGUCUCCGGAGAUCGUGAACGGCCGGCCGUACAGAGGACCCGAGGUGGACAGCUGGUCUCUGGGGGUCCUGCUCUACACCCUCAUCCACGGAGCCAUGCCUUUCGACGGACACGACCACAAGAACCUGGUCCAGCAGAUCAGCACCGGAAACUACCGCAAACCCAGCAAACCUUCUGAUGCGUGUGGUUUGAUCCGCUGGAUGCUGAUGGUGAACCCCGAGCGUAGAGCUACUUUGGAGGAGAUCGCGGGUCACUGGUGGCUGAACUGGGGCUAUCAGCUCCCUCUGCUGGCUCCGAGUGAAUCUGCAGCUGUGCAUCAGGAGCCAGGACAAGCGUCCGCUGCGUGUCCCACCGGUGGCCCGACUCGUAUCGCAGACUGGCUCCGCCGCACGUCUCGCCCGCUUCUGGAGAGCGGCUCUAAGAUGCGCUGCCUGCUGCGGACGGGUGGGGAACCGGUCCAGAGACAGCGCUCCAUACGCCGCUCACGCAAGGAAAACAACGUCUCGCAGACCAUGCAGGAAGCUCCUCGUCCGUCUAAAGGGAUUCUGAAGAAGCGGGGAAGUCUUAAACAGAGAGCGCCCGGUGACCCCCAGGCUACGCCGUUGGAGGAGAAGAGCCAGAACACUUUGGCUCCACCGGUCCUGCCUCCACCUCCUAAAGGGAUCCUGAAGAAGCCUUCGGAAGGAGAGUCCGGCUAUUACUCCUCUUCUCCGGUGUGCUCCGGACAGACUCUUGGGAAGCCGUCACCGGUGCCGCACCGCAAGGGUAUCCUCAAACGCCACAGCAAGUUUUCCAGCGGCCUGGAGGAAUUCGGAUCGCUGGACCAGCUCGCUCCUUCCUCACCAACAGUGGUCCACAGAUCCCGACCGAGCGGCGCGGUCAGCGAGGAUAGCAUCCUCUCCUCGGAGUCCUUCGACAGACUUGACCUUCCUGACCGAGAGAUUCCCGUCGCCCCGGUGGAGCGUCCAGCAGGUGGACGCAGGAUGAGAGGAAGUGUGUCUGCUGACAAUCUCCUCGACUUGAGGGAAGAGUCUCAGUAUCGGGGACACUGGGACAUGGCCUGCUACCGCGCAGGAGUGUCCGAUAGCGUCUUCUCAAUUUCUGACUGUGAAAACGUCACUCAGACAUAUAAACAAGCCUUGGGAGCGACCGCUAGCUGAAACUCACAGGGACUACGAUGUGCAGAGCUGACGCAACUCCAGUUGUGCUAGGAAAGGGAAGCCGGUUGAAGACUUGGAAAUGUUCUGGAGCAAUGCCAGACAAAGAGUGGUCAGGGAAUGUUUUCAGGCCCAGCAGGAAAUGGGCUUUCGUAGAGGACAGGACAUCCUGUUUAGGACAUGCAUUUAAUUCUGAGGGAACGGCAGUUUGUGUUGUAACAUGCAAAAGAGUGGUUUUUAUAAAGUAGCCUUGGUUUGAGAAAAGUGCCUUUUAUUUCGCUCCCAGACUGGGUAUUCUUUGAAACGUUUUUAAAUGACUGUUUAGGGUGUUGGCUAGUCAAGUCAAAAAUAAACACCAAAGAUGACUCAUGAUGAAGUUCAGAACCAUUGUGAGUUCUGUUUGUUUUUAAGGUGAACACUGGUAUUUGAACAACAACAUCUCUCCAAAAAUAACCACGGUGCAGAGAUUGACUCAAGUGCUCUUGAAGAUCGAUCAUGCCAUUAUCUGCUCAGAGUUCACAGGUGCACCGACACAAUACACUACUGUCUGUCCAUGACUUUAUACAGUCCAGACUUUAGAUUUACAUCUGUUUGAUGAUAAGAGUUUUGCAGAUAGGAGUGUCUGAACUCCGUUUAUUAGGAUGUAAAACACAACGUGACCUUUCAGAAUAAGCUUCUCCAGUUUUGUUCCAAUCAUUGUGUCUUCAAGGAACGUGUUGAAGCGGUGAGAUUUACUGGAUGUUAACAGCUACUUAGGAAUGGUGUUUUGGUGUCAUAGCGGGGCGUUUGGGGUCAUCAGUGAAUCUGAACUCAGAGCUCAGUAGAGCAGAAGGGGGAUUUAUAGGAGAUAACCGAGGAAUGAAGGGUUGUUCUUCUGUUUGCUGAUAUAUUUAGUUUGAGUUCCUGCAUGUUUAUUUGCCAAAGUGCCUGAUUUAUCUGCCCUGAUGUCUCUUUGACUCGACAAUAAAACAGCACAAAUGGAAAA